AGUAGCUUGUUGUGGCAACACAGGCAGCCCAGACUUGGCCAGAGGGAGGUGCGACUUCUUGACUUCGGAGCGAAUUCUCUCCGUUUUGUUUUGCUUUUACAUCUCUUCCAUCGCCUUUCUUGCCGAUCGGAGUUUGUCGCCGUUUUCUUUCAGGAUGGUUAAAGUGUCUUUUAACGCGGCUCUGGCCCAGAAGGAUGUGAAGAAGGACGCCGAAACUCUUAUUCCCGAGGAGGACAAAGAUGCCGAGGCCGCGGUGCUGGUGCGCCCCCAGUCCCAUGCCUGGUGCUGGCGCAUGUGCAUGUGCGUGGGUCUGGCCUUCAUGCUGUCCGGAGUGGUGGUCGGAGGGGCCUACCUGUACCGCUACUAUAUCCUGGAGGUGGAAAUUACUCCAUACAGCUCAGAGGAGGGCCAGGUGUUUUUCUGCGGGGUGAACUACCGUGAGGAGGACUUCAUGAUCCAGGAGGAGGAUGAGAUGGAGGUCGAGCUGCCGAACGGGUUCCAUCUGCGACAGCUGGAGGAGAGGAUUCAGGUGCUGGAGAGGGAGCAGGUAGAGCUCAUCAACGUGCCCGUGCCCGAGUUUGACAACGGAGACCCUGCUGACAUCGUCCACGACUUCCAGCGGAGGUUGACCGCUUACCUGGAUCUGAGUCUGAACAAGUGCUACGUCAUCCCCCUCAACACCUCCAUCGUCAUGCCUCCCAGAGACUUUUUGGAGCUGCUUGUCAACGUCAAGGCCGGCACCUACCUGCCUCAGUCUUACCUCAUCCACGAGGAGAUGGUCGUGACCGAGCGCUUGGAGAACGUCGACCAGCUUGGCUACUUCAUUUACAACCUCUGCCGUGAUAAGGAGACCUACAAGCUGCAGCGCAGAGACAGGAUUCUGGGUAUGCAGAAGCGUGAAGCUCUCAACUGCCACAAGAUCCGUCACUUCGAGAACAAGUUUGUGGUGGAAACUCUGAUCUGUGAGCCUUAAAGACGCCCCGUCGUCUCUCCACUGCUCUUAAAGUCACUGGCGUGCAGUGAGAUUGUGUUUUUAAUCCUCACCUGUCUUCUUUCUGUCCUUUACUUCAGGUAGUUUGAGUGAGUAAGAGGAGAGUGUAAUGUGAAGCUGUUUGGUAAAUAUUCACUGAUUGUGAGAGAAUUAAAGGUGAAAAGUCAUGUAAUUUUUCUGCACGGGGAUCUUCUGGGAAUCUUUUCAGAAAAUAACAAAGUCAUCUGAGUAAUAAAUUAUUUUAAUCAAAGUAACAGCAAAAAAGUAGCAUACACAUUAAUUUCAGUAGAGUUGUUAAAUUUACUUUUUUUUUCCUUUUUAGUUCAGAUAUAAAAUUUCAAGAGAAAGGGAAGCGAUUGUAUCACUCAACCUGGUUUUGAAACUGGUCAGCCCAGGCCAGGGAGACUUUUUGUUGUUUUUUAUAUUUUGUCUGCUGUAGCUAUUAAUACACUGCAAUACGUUUUUUCUUAACUGGAAAAUGAUCUUAAGGUAAGAGUGUGGACGUGCGCUUCUCUUUUUUUUAGCUUUAAAAAAAAAACAGAAAAGUGUAAAUUUAAAAGAAACAGAGCUCACAGAAAAAAUAAACCUCACACUUUUAUGUUAAAAUCUUUUUCAUAAGGGUUGUCUGUCUUUUUAUGAAUGUUUUUUUUUGGAUAACUCUUGUACUAAUUUGUGUAUAUAAUCUCUUUGAAGAUAUGAACGACCAACACAAUAAACGGAAUCGAAAAAAACAA